UAAUUUCUUCUCUGCAAAAAAGAUGAAAUUGCUUUUUGCUUUCCUCUCUAUCUUCUUACUUAUCUUGUUCUCAAGCACUGUCAAUGCAAGAAAAGAUGUGGGUGAAUAUUGGAGUAGGGAAAUGAAAGAUCAGCCACUGCCAGAAGCAUUACAAGCACUCGUUGAAGCUUCUACCUCCACAAAAGAGAAAGCCGAUUGUCGCACAACUGAAAACCACAACCAUGCCAAUCUUGAAGCACAUAAGCUAUAUUUUGAGACAAAACAUGAUUUUACAAAUCACCAUAAUGAUGCAGGUCUCAAAAAGGAGUUUGAUCCGAGGCUUGAUCUAUCUAUAUAUCACAAUGAUGUUACACUUAAAGAACAAACGCCAUAUUUUGAGACAAAAAAUGACGGUUCGAUUUACCAUGAUGAUGUAGCUCUCAAAGCAAAGAAGACAUUUUCCAAUGAUGGGCCAGACGUUUUAGUUUACCAGAGUAAUUAAUGAAGACAAGCUAUUGCAUUUCCCUCAUGAGAGAACCAUUAUGUUUGUUGCAUUUCAAAUUAGAAUAUGAUUUGUGAUGUACUUGAAUAACGGACUUUGUGUGUUUAAGCUAUGUAAGAAGUUUCUCUUGCAUCAUAUGUUUCUAUAUAUGUUUGCAUCACUUUAGUUUUAUCUUUAGAAUUGGGAAUGCAAAAUAAAUAUUGAAAUAUAUAUCAUUUUAUUCUUGAAA